AUGUCUGUCUUCCGCCCCUCAGCCCACGCCCUCAUAACAGGCGGCGCGUCCGGCGUCGGCUACGCCGUCGCCCAACUCUGUCUGAAGCACUCAAUGCGUGUCUCCAUUGUGGACUUCAACCAGUCUUCGUUGGAAAUGGCGCGCAAGAACCUUUCUGGUAACGUAACAUGUAUCCAAGCAGACGUUUCCUCCCGCAAGGACUGGACCUCGAUCCGCGAACAAGUCGGCAAAGAUGUAGACUUCCUUAUGCUGAACGCUGGCAUUAGUGGAAAAGGAACAUGGGGUGACGAGGAUUACUUCGACAAAAUUCUAGCUACGAAUCUGGGUGGUGUAAUUAAUGGGUUGAAUGCAUAUGUUCCUUCCUUCAAAGAAAGAGGCGGGAAAGAGCCAUCGGCGAUUGUGAUAACAGGGAGUAAACAGGGUAUCACAAACCCACCUGGCAACCCCGCGUAUAACGCUAGUAAGGCAGCUGUGAAGACACUCGCUGAGCAUCUGAGCUAUGAUCUCAAGGAUACUAGUAUUGGGGGUGGAAACGCGCCCGGCUCAGUCAAACCCAAGCCAGAAGGUGCAUGGUCAGCCGACCAAGUCGCAGACUACAUGUACGCGAAGAUGCAGGACAAAAAGUUCUACAUCAUGUGCCCAGACGAUCAAGUCACGGAGGAAACUGACAAGAAGCGGAUGUUGUGGAGUGUGGGGGACAUUGUCAAUGAAAGACCGCCAUUGACGAGGUGGAGGGACGAGUACAAGGAGGAGGCUGAGAAGUGGAUGAAGGAGCAAAAGGUCUAG